AUGAUUAAAAGCGGACAUGGAAAGCAAAAUGGAAAGAACGCAAUUGGGUACCUUGUCCUCGUGUUAACCUACGUGCUUAUAUCAGCGCUGUUGUCAUUAUACUGCCUGGUCAGGUGGGCAAAGAGAGAGCUGCAAAAGUGUCGACCGAUAAACUGGCAGCUGUGUCGAAUUAAAGCAUUUAUUAAGAAAACGAUAAAAAGAAUCUUGACCCCAUGCACGUGGUCCGAUCUGAAGAGGCACUACCCCGGUGAAGAUAUUCUACAAAGAGUUGCCAACCUUUUCAAACGACGAACAUGGACCCCAUCUGAUCCAAAGGAAGGAAAUAUCAAAACGCCAAAGCAUAUUUAUAUUAUUUUAAAAACGAGCGAUGUUAUUAUAUUACAACAGGAGAAUAAACUUUCUCCCUACCUGGUGAACAUUGCCGUGUGUCUGUAUGAGCACAAAGUGGCACAUAUGAGUAUUUACGUGGCUGAGUGUCUUUUCGACUCUGUCUUUUUCGAUAACUUGGCGAAUGGGUUGCAUAGAUGCGGGUUCCUGAUGAGCGCCUCAGCGGGGGGUGUUGGGGGUGACAUGGCUGACCCGCAGAACGCCGCUAACCUUUUCAACAAGGGUGCACACGAAUUCACCGUCGUAAAGUGCACCCCCCCGCAAACGCCCCACACGCUCCACCUAACCUUCGUGAACAAAUCGAACGCGCACAACAAGCUCAUCGACGCAGCGGAAGGGAGCAACAUUACCUCAGAAGGGGACGUAGUAAGGGAUGCACACCGCCACCCCGUGUGCAAUAAAACUGUGGAAGGAUUAAUAAGAAAAAUUCUCGACUUUGACAAAAAAAUGUUAUUCAAAGAAAAGGGAAAAACAUUCCAGAGGGUAUGCUAUGUUGUGUUUUUUCUCUUCACCGAAGUGAAACAAAUAAGUGUGACGCAGUUAAAACGAGUCCUCCCCUCCUUAUGUAAGAAAGUAGAGUGGGUCGUGACGCAAAUUAUAAAACGCAUCACUUGUUUUGUUACACAGUUCGGGGUGUUAUACUCUCCAGUGGGCACAGGCGAAAGCAACCUUUGGGGAAACACCCCAACAGAGAAGAAGAGAACAAAAAUGCCAUGUGUUAAUAGUACCAUGGAAAAAGUAGAAAAGAGGGAUGACUUCCCUAGUAGCGAAAAGGAACCCGAAGGAGAUACAAAAACAACACUUGCACUUCUGAAUGAAUUUCUCAAAAGCUCUAUUGUAAAAGACCAGCAGUCAAUAGACACCAUAAAGCAGUUAGUAGAAAACAACAUCCCUCUGUAUGUCCAACCCAUAUGCACUGAUAUUUUCGAUGCAUCCUUUAACGACACGCAAGUGGACGUCGUUCUGUCCUUACGAAUAGGACUCACUGAUUUUUUGGCUUAUACACUUACACGCUAUCAGAAGGGGAAGUCCCUACAGGAAGAAAAUUUCUUCCCCUUUUUGAAGGACUAUUUUAGUUCCCUUUUUUUUUUGUAUAAUAUUAUUCACCCUUUUAACAAGGACGGGAUUCAGCCUUGGGUUUUGUCCAACGCGGAGGUGUAUGAAUUUUUUGAUUACAGCGUUGCGUCUGUGAGGCAGGCGCUGGCUUACUACGGCAGUUCCCUGCAAAGGCACGGCUGCUGA